UCCAUUUCUAAUCUAAGGGCCCACCCGUGUGCAGCACAAGUUUCUGUACGGGUGGCUGCAGAGAUAGAGCCGCUCAUGCAAGCCGUGUGGUUUCUCUUACUUCCUGUAAAACUAGCAAGCCUACACAGAUAGACCGUUAUUUGUUGUUUGAACUCGUUUUCAUACCUGCAUUCUCAGCUGUAUUGUUUUCAAAGACUCUUCUUCCAAGAAUAUUUUGUCUUCCAGGACUCAUGUGAAAGAGCUGUAUGACAAUCAGCAAUUGCCUCCUAAAAGAGAACAAUAACAGAGAAACAUAUCUCCAAAAACUGAGAUCAGCAUCAGUUUGUUUGGGGUUAUUUUUGAUGAGAGUCAACUGCCAUUAAGCAUCAGGCUUUAGUCUCCAUCAAGCUAAAUCACAAUGGCCUAUCUCGAUGGCAACACCAGUCAGCAGUUCGACACUAUUGAUUAUGACCUAAAACAUGAACAACGUGCUGUGAAGCACCGAAAGCUUGGGUACCGAAACAAUGUCACAAUGUGCAGAAGUCCAACGAGAGAUUUGGAUACAAGAUGGAUUAAAGGUGAACUGCACCGCAAGAGACAGGAGGAAUUUUUAAAGAGACGACCCGCUAGCUGUGGCAUGGCAGCUCUGUUAUCUACACGGGCAAGACAUAAUUAUACACAAGAGGAAGAGUGGGUGACUCAAAGAUCCAUGUCAUUCAGCCGGCCUUUGACAGAAAGUCAAAUAUUCAGCUCGGUUAAGCAGGCAGCAACUGCUUCCUCACUGAAUAAUGGCAAAGGGUCAGACCUGAAACAUGAGGGUGUUCCAGAUGCCCUCAAGUCACUUUGGCAAAGAAACAAUGUAACGAGGAAUGAAGAAGCUCGUCUUAGAGACCUUACUCAACUCAAAAACAACCAGAGGACACUACAUGCUGCUAGUGCUCAGACAGAGUUGGGUGUCACCACUGUAAAAGAUGGGGAUGUUGUCCAGUUGGCAAGAUAUUUGGAGGAGGCGUUGUAUAGAGAGGAGGCUCUCAAAAAGAAGCUAGCCACCUUACAGAAGAGUGCCUCAACACUACUGUGCUCCACUGAGUUGCUGUGGAAGACUCGCUGCGAUGAAGAUCUGCUGAAGAGCAAGGUUAAAGCACUGGAGGCUCAGCUGCAGCUUUGCAUGAAGAGGGUGCCCCAGGAUGGAGUGAAAAAGGUGAUAUUAAAAAUGGAGAAGCAGAAAGAGGAGUAUGAGCAUAAGGCCUUGGAGGCCAUUCAAAGGGCCACAGAGGAGAACACAGAGACACAGAGCAAGAUGGAGAACCUACAGGAGGCACUUCACGCAGCCCAGGCAGAGUCUGUACGGUGGCAUAAGCUAUAUGAGGAGAUGAGGGAGAGCUUCAGCCUGCUAAGAAAGAGCCAGGAUUUAUGCACUGAUCAGCUUCUUGAGCUGCAGAAUCAGCUCGAGCGCUCCAGAGAGCAGGAGGAGACCCUGAGAGUACUUUGUGAGUCUCUGCAGCUGGAGGGAGCAGAGCUGCACUCCAGUAUCAUUCUUCUGCAGCAGGACAACCAAACCUUGAGAGAAGAGUUAGAACAUCUCACAGCGCAAAGUCGUGUAUCAUGGAACAAUAUCACAGCAGUGCCAGAGCAUCUUCCUAAGAUAGAUAACCACAUAGCAGAUCAACUGUGCCAGGUGGAGCAGAGGCUGAGUUUGAAGGAGAAUGAGUGCAUGGAUUUGAAGGCUGAGCUGGAGACCCUGGAGCAGGAGUGCUAUAGUUACCGGAGCCGUCUAGCCCAGUGUCGGGAAGAGCUGAACACACUAAGCGCUCGCAAGAACAGUAGCCGAAACAAGAGAUGCUGCUGUGGUUCAUAUGCCUGCUUGAUGUUGUUCCUCAUGCUGUUGCUGGUUGUGGUAAUGGCUACCGUCUGGAUCUGCUAUCCUCCAAUCAGGGAGCAGCUUCAGGACUUUUACUCUGUAGCUGAGGAAAGAGUAGAAGACUACCUCAUGCAGUGGGCUUCUGCACAAAAUGCAGUCUGCUUCAAACCUAUCUGACAACAGCCACCUUGAAAAGAAAUAUAUAUUGAGAGAGAGAAAGAUCAUUUAUAUCCACCAAUGUCUGUAUUUGUUGAAUAUCAUAUAUUUAUUAUAAUAUCGGCCAAUUAAAAGUGCAUUUAUUGUACAAUGCAUGUCAUAUGUACACUAGAUUAUAUAGGUUUUCACUGUUCACAUUGUACAGUCAUAUCAGUAGAAAACACUGGCAAUUUCUUUCCAUCUCUCUAAGGUAUUAUGGUGACAUCAGUUAUGUCCCCUAUAUAAUGUUUACUUAUAAGGUUUACUUUCAAUUUUUUAUUGUUUGUACCCCGAAGUAGUGAUCUAGAAGUAAAUUAUUUAGAUGUAAAAAUUGUUUUCAACUUUAAUGUCUAUGACCAAAUGUACAGAUGUUGGCUGAUCAAUAGCUUGUGACAGAAUACAGAAUAAAAAUGUAAUGUGUUUUAAGUCUA